AUGAAGGCCACCCACUUUCUAGUCGGUUUAAUCACUUUUUCUGCCUUGUUGUUAUCGGCGGUUUUUCCAUUAAAUGCGAAAGGAUCAACCGAUAAUCAAUCGCCCCGUAGACACUCCUCGAGAACUUCAACUAAUUCUCAAGGAGCAACAACCGUUACGCUUAAACAUAUUUAUCAUCACGGGUCGUCUCGAUUUCCUAAUCUUAUACGCCGUAAAGACAUCAAUGAAGAUUCCUUACGUGCGCGUGAGCUUGCUUCUGACAUGACAUUUACCCAUACUGUCAAGGCAAUCAACGGCACAAAUGUCAAACCUUCGAAUAAACAUUCUGUAGAAGAAUUCCAAGAAAAAUCCAAGAACGAACAAAUCUCAUUGAUUAUGGAUUGGGAAGACACGCCUACGUUGUUGCCCCAGGUAUCAGAUUGGGAUACAGUGAGGAGUUUGGCAAAAAUGACCUAUAAUGCUUACACUGAGGAAAAAGAUGGAGACUGGUACGAUUUGGGUGAAAGUUAUGAUUGGAACAUCUCCUUUGGUUGGGAUAAGGAAGGUGUCCGAGGACAUGUUUUUGGAGAUACUAAUAAUGAUUUAUUGAUCAUUUCAAUAAAAGGCACUAGUAUGGGUUUUGGUGCUGGACCAACCGUACCCAAUGAUAAAGUCAAUGAUAAUUUAUUAUUCUCAUGCUGUUGCGCUAGGGUUGACCCCACUUGGAGCACCGUGUGUGAUUGUCAUCUUGGAAACUUUAAAUGCAACCUGGAUUGCUUACAAGACAGCGUGGAUAUGCGUGAUAAAUACUAUACAGUUACUCGGAACCUUUUUAAGUUUAUUGCUGAUGAACAUCCAAAGGCAAAAAUUUGGUUAACUGGACAUUCUCUUGGUGGAGCACUUUCUGGUUUGGUUGGACUUACCUAUGGCAUACCUGUAGUCGCAUUUGAAGCACCUGGAGAAAGAUUACCAGCCCGAAGACUGCAUUUACCAGGACCUCCUGCUAUUCCAUAUGACAAAAUGAAUAUUUGGCAUAUAGGACAUUCGGCUGAUCCUAUUUUCAUGGGCGGUGUAACUAGCUCUUGCUACGCCGGUGGAUAUGCUAUGGAAACUAAGUGUCAUCUUGGAAAGUCAAGCGUGUUUGAUGUGAUUGACAAAUUUAAAUGGCAUCUGAAUAUACAAAAUCAUCGUAUUAGAGUUGUCAUUGAUUCUAUUUUGUAUAAAUGGGAUUGGGAAUUUCCAGAAUAUUCUGUAGAGGAAGAUUGUGAAGAUUGUGGAGUUUGGACUUUCGUUGAAGAUAAUAACACUUAA